CGGGCUCGACCCUUGGGGCCAGCGGCUGCGCCGGAACCAGCUGCCGGCUGCUGGCCCCGCGCGAGGUAGGCUUCCCUGGGCGCAAGAGGGUGCGGGAGAGUUGGCACGACUUGCUAGGUGCGAGCCUGUGAUCGGAUUCCAGACUGGGGUAUCUUGACGAGCGUGGGCAGCCCAGCAAUACGCGCCCUGAAAUGGGGUUCAGGAAGCAGAAUGGGACCUGGAAAUAACGAGGCAUUGGAGCCAUCUGCUUGUCAGGCAAAGGAGUCUCCGGAACCAUGGAAGAUACAAGAACUUUCCUUGAUGUUAAAGAGUACCCUGAAAGCGAGGUACAGAAAAACCGAGUACUGACCCUGGAAGAAUGGCAAGAAAAGUGGGUGAGCCACAAAAUUGGAUUCCAUCAAGAGCAAGGACAUCAGCUAUUAAAGAAGCAUUUGGAUACUUUCCUUAAAGGCGAGAAUGGACUGAGAGUAUUUUUUCCUCUUUGUGGAAAAGCAGUUGAGAUGAAAUGGUUUGCAGACCUAGGACACAGUGUCAUAGGUGUGGAAAUCAGUGAACUUGGGAUACGGGAAUUUUUUACAGAGCAGAAUCUUUCUUACUCAGAAGAACCCAUGAUGGAAAUUCCUGGAGCCAAAGUUUUCAAGAGCUCUUCAGGAAACAUCUCGUUGUACUGUUGCAACCUUUUUGAUCUUCCGAGAGCCAAUAUUGGCAAAUUUGACCGGAUCUGGGAUAGAGGAGCGUUAGUUGCUGUUAACCCAGGCGAUCGUGCACGCUAUGCAGAUAUCAUGCUGUCCCUAACGCGAAAAGGGUUCCAAUACCUCUUGGCUGUUCUUUCUUAUGAUCCCACUAAACACGCAGGACCACCAUUUUACGUUCCAGAUGCUGAAGUUAAAAAAUUAUUUGGUUCAAAAUGCAACAUUCAUUGCCUUGAGAAGGCUGAUGUUUUUGAAGAGCGACAUAAAAGUUGGGGAAUUGACUACAUUGUUGAAAAGUUAUAUCUAUGUACAGAAAAGUAA